AAAGUUUAACACAAUCACACAUAAAUUCUCACACUUUCUCACUCCUCAUUUUACUUCUCUCUCUACUCCAGUUGUAACCUACGCGUUACACCCUAAUAUAAAAUCCCUCCUUUCCUAAACAAUUUUUCUCGUACUAUAUAUAUAAACACCCAAAAACAACAUUUUUCUUGUUUCAAUUCUCUUCAUCCUCAACAUUUUCCAAUACACCCCCUUAUCCUCUCCAAUCUGUCUUCCAACCCAUGCCUUAAACAUUAACCAUCGUCGUCAUAUUCUACUUGGUUAAAGUCUUAUAUAUAUAUCGAUCAAAUCUUGUCUACAUCAAUUAUUCCGAAACUCGAAAAAAAUGCAUAGUUCAAACAUGUGGGGAGGGACAUAUGAGGUGCAAAGAAUUGAUCAAAAAAUUGAGGAAGAUCAAUUCAAAAAUAGUAGAGAAAUGGAAGAUUGGGAUAGAGCAAGUUUAUUAUACCAAGAACAAAUAAAUGGUAAUAAUAAUAGUCAUGAAUUAGAUCAAGUGCAACAAAGUUGGCUAUUAGCACCACAAGAUCAAAGUCGUAAGAAUAGGAAAAAUAAGUAUGUUGAUUUGGGGUGCAUUAUUGUUAGCAAGAAAGUUCUUAAAUGGGCAUUUUGGUCAUUUAUUGUUGCUUUCAUUGUUAUUGCUAUGCCUGUUAUUAUAGCCAAAUCUUUGCCUAAACAUAAAAGUGGACCGCCCCCUGCUGAUAAUUACACUAUUGCCCUUCAUAAGGCUCUCCUCUUCUUCAAUGCCCAAAAAUCUGGAAAAUUGCCCAAGCAUAAUGGAAUAAAAUGGAGAGGAAAUUCAGGAUUAAAAGAUGGAUCAAAAUUAACCGAUGUUAAAGGAGGAUUAGUAGGGGGAUAUUAUGAUUCAGGAGAAAACACAAAGUACCAUUUUCCUAUGGCAUUUGCAAUGACAAUGCUAAGUUGGAGUGUGAUCGAAUAUCCACACAAGUACGAAGCCAUCAACGAGUACGAUCAUGUUCGCGACCUCAUCAAAUGGGGCACCGAUUACUUGCUCAAAACCUUCAACAGCAGCGCCGACCAAAUCGACAAAAUCUAUAGCCAAGUUGGUGGUGCACAAAACGGAUCCAAAGUCCCUAGCGACGUGACAUGUUGGCAGAGGCCAGAGGACAUGACCUAUGAUCGCCCCGUGCAAACAUGCUAUGCAGGGGCGGAUCUAGGUGGAGAAAUGGCUGCAGCCUUAGCAGCAGCCUCUAUUGUCUUUCGUGACAACAAUGCAUACUCAAAGAAGCUAAUCAAAGGUGCAAAAACUGUGUUUCGAUUUGCUAGAGAUGGUGGCAAGAGAGCACCUUAUAGCCGCGACAACCAGUGGGCUGCACCAUACUAUAAUUCAACAGGGUACUAUGAUGAGUACAUGUGGGGUGCUACUUGGUUGUAUUAUGCUACCGGAAACAAUAGCUAUGCUUCCUUGGCCACUAAUGCCGGGAUUGCUAAAAACGCAAAGGCGCUUAUGAUGAACACCAACACAAGUUACUUGAGUUGGGACAACAAGUUGCCUGCAGCAAUGUUGUUGUUGACAAGGUUUAGGAUGUUUUUGAAUCCUGGUUUUCCAUAUGAGCAGACUUUGAUGCAGUACCAUAAUGUUACACAGCUUAAUAUGUGCUCAUAUAUUAAGCAAUUUCAAGUUUAUAACCGGACUCGAGGAGGAUUGAUAGUGCUGAACAAAGGAGGACCAAAGCCAUUGCAAUACGUAGCGAAUACAGCAUUUUUGGCAAAUCUCUUUGCAGAUUACAUGGACUCUACUGGGGUUCCUGGAUGGUAUUGUGGCCCUUAUUUUCUUCGUCAUUCUGAUCUUCGUAACUUUGCUCAAACUCAGGUUGAGUACAUGUUGGGCAAGAACCCAUUGCACAUGAGUUAUGUGGUGGGCUUUGGAAACAAGUACCCAAAGCACGUGCACCAUCGGGCCGCGUCGAUACCCAAAAAUGGGGAGAAAUACACUUGUAAAGGGGGGUUCAAGUGGAGGGACAGCAAAAAGCCAAACCCAAACACAAUUGAUGGGGCAAUGGUUGGUGGGCCGGAUCGUUUUGACAAAUUCAAAGAUAACCGCCAACUAGACCGCUACACCGAGCCCACGUUGGCCGGUAAUGUCGGUCUAGUGGCGGCUCUAAUCUCAUUGACUACAACCGGUGGGGUGACUGGAGUAGACCGAAACCUUAUAUUUUCCGGUGUUCCCCCGCUUUAUACUCCAUCCCCACCACCACCAGCACCAUGGAGGCCCUAAGAGCAUUGAAAGAAAAAAAUUGUGUAAAUUAAAGAGAUUGUCAAUUUAAUUCAUCUCAUUUUGUAAUUGAUUUUUGAGGUAGGGGUUUUACAUCCUAGAAAGGGAUUUUUUUUCCCUUUGUCCAUACACCUAGAGACUAGAGACUUAGAGAGGGUUAAUUAUUUGAUUAUCAUGAAAAAGUCUCAUGUUUUGUAGUUGAGUGUUUUGCACACCGAUUUUGUAUGUAUAAACUCGGCUAAAGUUACCAAGUUAAUCUUGAAUGGAAGUCAUACUAUCUAUCCACAUAGCCUAAGGCUAUGUUUAUUUCAACUUAUGUAA